UUCAAAGCCAUGCAUGUGUAAAAAACCUUUAAGUAGUACAUGCACAAAUUGCAGGGGAUAAAUUCAUAGCACAAUAUAAUCGGAAACCAAUAGACUAAAACAAAUCCAAAGCAUCAUGAAUAAAGAUCAAGACAUUUGUAGUGCCUGUAACAAGAGUCGCCUAAACAGUAGUACCCAACAUUGGGUUCAAUGCGACAAUUGCCAGAAAUGGUACCACUUUCAAUGUGCUGGAGUCAAUAGCUCAAUAGCAGAGGCUGAAUGGAUUUGCAACAGCUGCCAACAAGCGCUGGACAACGUGGCAUCAACAAGCACUGGUCGUGACCCGUCAACAGGAGCGCCCAAUAUACCAAGUGCCAACAAAGCCACCGAACAACAUUGCCCCGAAUCUAACGCGGCAAAUACGUCUUAUCUCGGCAAACUAAACUUAGUCGAGCAAACUCAAUCGCCAAGCUCAAAUUAUUUGAUGUUGGCAAUGCUGGAGGAAAGGCGGGAAGCCGAAAAAAGAUACAUCGAGCAAAAAUACAACUUGCUUGCACAGCAGCAAGGAACGCAGGUAACGUGUUUCCAAUUAAAUGGACCUACUGCUUCUCAGCUAGCCGCAAGGCAAGUUUUACCUGCAGAUCUACCCAUCUUUAACGGAAAUCCAGAGGACUGGCCAAUCUUUAUUAGCAUGUACGAGAACAGCUGCCGUAUAGCGGGGUUUUCAAACGCCGAAAACAUGCUACGACUUCAGAAGAGCCUCAAAGGUAAAGCCUACGAACUAGUUCGUGAUAAGCUACUGCUGCCAAUACUGGUUCCUGAUGUUAUUAAUACGCUCAAGACAUUCUUCGGACGCCCGGAGCAAAUACUCGAUCGAUUGAUCGACAAAAUAAGAAAAAUAUACGUACACAAGGAUAAAUUAGAAUCCAUCGUUGAUUUCGCAAUGGCGGUGAGAAACGCAUGUGCAACCAUGGAAGCGUGCAAUUUAACCUCACAUUCAAAUAACCCGAUGCUUCUUCGAGAACUUAUCGACAAACUACCCACCCAGCAAAAGUUAAACUGGGCUAUGCAUCCACGUAACGAAUCCAUCCCGGUUAUAAAAUCAUUUAGCGAUUGGUUGUACAAAAUAGCUGAGGCCGCAGCCACUGUCAUGCCUGGCCAAAGCACUAAGGCCAAUAAUGUCAACACACACUCACAAGCACAUCAACAACCACAGGAAGGACCAAAUAAUCGAGAGAAUGGGUGGCAACAAAACUGUAAGCCGAAGCUACAAUGCGUGAAGUGUGCUUCCACGGAUCACCAGGUUGCUCUAUGUCAAAGCUUCAAGCGACUGUCGGUUGACGAUAGGCAACGAAUAAUAAACGAAGCCAAGGUAUGCUACAGGUGCCUCAAAAGUCACCGCCGUAAAUGCUUCUCUAAUCGUGACUGCGGAAUCGACAAUUGCAACUCAAAACAUCACCCGCUUCUUCACAAAGGCACAGGCAGAACCGAAGUUGUUACUGCUCAUCAUAAAGACAAUGUAGUGGAAGGACAAUUUUUUCGUGUUGUACCCAUCAAACUGUAUGGAGCCAAUGUAACCUUUAACACGUUCGCAUUUUUAGAUGAGGGCUCAUCAGUCACUCUCAUCGAUGAAAGCAUUUUGGACAAGCUGAAGAUCUCUUCAACGCCAGAGCCAAUUUGCCUGCAAUGGACCGGUGAAGAAACCAGAAACGAAGAGCACUCCGUUAAGACCCACCUACAAAUCUCGGAAGCGGGAACUGACAAAAAGCUAUGGCUCUACAACGUCCACUCAGUAAAGAAAUUAGGAUUGCCGAAACAAACCAUCAAUGUUGAAGAACUAUCCAAGCAAUAUCCUUAUUUGCGUGGUUUGCCGCUAAAGUCGUACCAAAACGGUACACCACUAAUUUUAAUCGGCAGCAACAAUUGGAAUCUAGCAAUACCCCGCAAAAUCCGCGAGGGCAGACGAAACGAACCCAUUGCUUCAAAGUGCACAUUAGGAUGGUGCAUCCAAGGAUCAACAAACUCAAGCAAACACGUAACAAUGCAUCAUUGCGAGUGCAAUUGGAGUGAAAUAGAUAAAGCCAUAAAGGAAAGUUUCACAAUGGAACCAAUCGUAUCUAGAGAAUUGCAAUCCAAAAACGAUAAAAGGGCGAAGGGCAUUCUCGAAGAUACCUGCAAAAAGGUCAAUGGUCGAUACGAAGUCGGCCUACUCUGGAAAGACGACACAGUCAUUUUACCCGAAAGCUAUACCGCAGCGCUGAAACGCCUCCAAUGCCUACGGGCCAAAAUUAAAAGAACGCCGGAACUGUUUGAUAAAAUUCAAUCACAAAUUGACAAUCUAUUAGAAAAAGGAUAUGCAUCGGAGCUCAGACCAGAAGAAAUAUCCGAUCGAAAGGAACGCGUCUGGUAUCUCCCAAUAUUUAUUGCUUUAAAUCCGAAUAAGCCAAACAAAAUACGACUAGUAUGGGAUGCCGCCGCCAAAAGUCAUGGAAAGUCGCUGAAUGAUUUUAUGCUUACUGGGCCUGAUUAUCUAAAUCCAUUGACUUCUGUCCUAAUGGCCUUCAGAGUAGGACGGAUUGCCGUGUGCGCAGAUAUAGCCGAGAUGUUUCAUCAAAUAAACAUUCAGGAAAGCGACAUGCACGUCCAGCGGUUCUUAUGGCUCAAUAAAAACGACCACACUCCAAGGAUCUUCGUUAUGCGCGCGAUGACAUUUGGAAUUAAUUGCGCACCUUGUAUUGCCCACUAUGUACGCGAUAAAAAUGCAGAGAAUUACCAAAUCAAAAAUCCACGAGCGUACGAAUCCAUUACAAAGGCCCACUACGUGGACGACCUCAUCGACAGUUUCAAAGAUGACCUUGAAGCCAUAACAGUUGCAUCAUCAGUUAGAGACAUACAUGCCGAUGGUGGAUUCCAAAUAAGAAAUUGGUGCUCAAACUCUGUAUCUGUUCUCCAAAAUCUAGGAGAACAGCAAAUAAAUCAACACCCCAAAGAAUUAGGGAACCCUGAAAAGGUCCUCGGUAUGUAUUGGGACCCAAAUAAUGACGUUUUUAAGUUUAUCUUCAGAUUUUCGAGAUUGAAACGAGACGUCCUAACCUAUGAGAUAGCACCAACGAAACGAGAGGUCUUACAAGUACUGAUGUCUAUAUUUGAUCCCCUCGUUCUAUUAUCGUGCUACACCGUAGGCCUUAAAAUGCUGCUUCAAAAAGUCUGGCGCACAGGAAUAGGAUGGGACGAAGAUUUACCCGAACAACUCCUCGAACAGUGGCGACAAUGGAAAGGUGUCCUACUACACGCCAGCAAUUUAGAAUUUCCGCGUCACUACUCUGCUCUGCUGUUAAACGAAAGCCAGGUAGACCUUCAUACCUUCGUAGACGCAAGCGAACAUGCCUACGCCGCAGUAAGCUAUCUUCGCAUUAAACAAGGUCAAAACAUAAGUACAGUGUUGGUAUCAGCCAAAUGUAAAGUAGCUCCACUCAAACCUGUAUCUAUACCUCGAAUGGAACUUUUGGCAGCCGUCAUGGGAGUAGGCCUAACAAUGCGUAUAAUGAGCACCCGAGGCCUAAGAAUCGAUUCCUGCACAUAUUGGUCCGAUUCUAAAACGGUCCUUAACUGGUUAACCAUGGACCCAAGAAGACUCCAGUCAUUCGUCAUGCAUAGAGUGGGCGAGAUAGUCGACAAAACCAGCCCAAACCAAUCGCGCUGGGUUAGCACAAAGGAAAACGUUGCAGACUUAGCCACAAAAAUUUUCAAAGUACCAGAUGCAUCUCGUUGGAUUAAAGGACCCGAUUUUCUAGGACUGUCUAGCGACAAGUGGCCAGAUCAAAAGGGAAUAUCUGAGAACGUCUCACAGGAAAUCGAAAUGCGUAAGAAUGUAUUCGUCAUAGUAAAGCUUAACCAUUUCGAUUUUGCAGUAGAAUACUUUUCUGACUGGAAGCGCCUAUAUCGAGCAGUGGCCAACGUCAUGCUGUACGCCCAAAAGUUACGCGCUAAGUGUUCGGGAAAGCCUCUACCACAAACCCUAAGCCCCGAAAAUAUACAAGCAGCAAAAUCUCUUUUAUGCAGACAGGCCCAAUUAGCGACGUACUCAAAUGAAAUCAAUUCGCUCAAAGACAAAUCAGUGGUGGACAAGUCAAGCUCAUUAAUUGCUUUAAAUGUUUACCUGGACUCAGAAGACACCAUCCGCAAGGGCAGGUCAGACAGUAUAACUUCUGACGGUGACGCAAUCGUAAUCCCAAGACACAGCAGAAUUGCCUUUUUAAUCGCAAAGGAUUAUCACGAAAAAUCUCACCAUAUAUUUCACGAGUGUACUAUCAACCUUAUUAGAAGCGUAUAUUAUAUACCACGCCUAAGAGUACUAUAUAAAAUCGUCCGAAAUGCAUGCCAACACUGCAAAAUAUCCACAGCGAAGCCUCAAGUGCCACAAAUGGCACCUAUACCGAUCGCCAGACUAGCUUCUUUUGAACGACCAUUCACAUAUACGGGAGUCGACUAUUUCGGCCCCAUACUAGUCAACGUUGGAAGACACAAAGAAAAGCGCUGGGGAGUCCUAUUUACGUGCCUAACACUAAGGGCAGUUCAUCUAGAGGUCGCCUACAAACUCGAUGUGAGCUCAUGUAUAAUGUGCCUAAAAAACUUCAUGGCACUACGUGGCACACCGAGAGAAAUCUUCUCCGACAACGGAACCAAUUUCAAAGCUACGGAAAAACUAGUUAAGGAGGAACUUGUGAAGAUUGACUUCGAUCAGAUCGCCGUUCACUAUGAAGCUAUAAAAUGGCGUUUUAACCCACCAGCCGCACCCCACAUGGGAGGAGCGUGGGAACGUUUGGUCCGGACUGUAAAAUCCGCCCUAAAGGCCAUUUGCCCCUCUAGCAACUUUAAUGACGAAACACUUCGAAGUGCCCUAAUGGAAGCCGAAUUUAUAAUUAAUUCCAGGCCUCUAACGUUUGUUUCUUUAGAUACAGGUGACGAUGAAGCGCUUACACCCAACCACUUGCUUCUGGGAUCAAAAGCGGGCUACAAACCAGUAUCAGGCAAUGUCGCCGACUUAAGGUUACGAUGGCAUCAAACGCAAUCGUUCGCUGAUCGCUUCUGGAAAAGAUGGGUGAAGUACACACCAACAUUAACUCGACGCAGCAAAUGGUUUACUAAGCGUCCACCAGUCGAUAUCGGAGAUGUAGUUAUUGUCGUGGACGAUAAUCUGCCGAGGAACCUGUGGCCAAAAGGCCGCAUAACCGAUGUCAUAACCGCCAAAGAUGGCCAAGUUCGCAGAGCCACCAUAUCGACACCAAACGGCGUCAUGAUACGCCCCGUUUCCAAAAUUGCUGUUCUAGACGUCGGAUUAAAGGAAAGUGAACAUCCUGAGGUCGUUCACGGGGGGGGGAAUGUUACCGCCGUCAUUACAAAUUUAAAUAUUAACCGUCAACCCGAAAAUACUGGGUUAUGGCAGCCCUGA